GGUCUUCAGAAGCUAAGCCCCCAAGCUUUGCCUUUUUGACUUGGGACCUGGCAGUGGUGGGCUUGUACCAAGAUGAGCGGCUUUGAUGUCUUGACAUUCCCUGUGGUGGUUGCCAAUUCUAGGCAAAGAAUCGCCUGUGCAAGGAAUCAGUCCCGUACUGGUGAAUAUGUGUUUCGUGGCAAAACAGAACUGGCUAGAAGUCACGUGGAUAGUAAACCUCCGGAAGCCAAGACUCACCUCUACUUCAAGGUUUCCAAGAUACAGGACGCCCAAAAGAAAAUUGGGCUGAUUGAACGGGAAAACAAGACCCUGUCGACACGCCUAGCUCAUAUAUAUCGCGGCACGGGCUUGGUGGACUGCUGGAACCCGUACCAAAAAAAGAGUUCACAGCGGCAGAAGCAGAACAUAGAAACUGUGAGGAUUACCGUGGAGAAUCAGGGUAUCCUUAGGAGGAUCCGAGAGAGAAAGCCAACCUAUGACCGGAGGCAGUCAGAGAUUGACUGGGAGAAUUCAAGGAAAUAUCUGAGGACCAGCACUCGCUUUCUAAUCUCAAACCACGAGAAGCUAGGCGGUGUGAGGAAUAGCAAACCAUUUGGGCCUGUUCGAAGUUCAACAGCUAGUUGAUGGCACCGCCAACAACUGGCUGAUUUCUUUGUUAGGGUUUCAGAAUUAAACAUGACGCGCGGAAA